CUACUCUUGCUCUCGACCGCACGUUAAUUGAUAUCCCUUGUCGCCCAGUUUCAGCCGCAUCCUCAAGCCCAUCGCACCGCAGCGCACAAACAAACCCACACGUACACACACACACCCCGGGCCCUACCAAGUCUUGUCGGGUACUUAAAUCGUCAUCGUCAUCGACGCCCCCGCAGACACCCACCGCAAACCAAACAAAUCCCACGGCCACAACUUGUUCGACUGACAUUGUCAGCACAUCACGCCGAUACCAGCGACCAUGUCGUCCGCUGUCAACCGACUGGCGUUGGCGCCAUUGCCCGAAGCAGUACGCUCAAACCGACCACCACCAUCGUGCCGCGGCCUUCACGCCCUCAAGCUCGCGACAUGGGCUGUCCUCGCUCUCACUCUUGCUGCGGUCCCCGCUGCAGCCUCAUCCGGCGAUCGUCACUCGAGCUUCCACCUCUGCUCCAAUCUCUGCGAAGUCUCCCAGUGCGAGCCUCACAGCCCGCUGAUCCCGCUCUACUUGCGGCUAUUCGGCUGGUCGUGUAUCGACAACUGCAACUACCACUGUGCCCACCGGCUCACCAACGAGGCCGACGCGGGAAGAGAGUACUACCACCAAUUCUUUGGCAAGUGGGCAUUCUACCGUCUCGGGCCUAUCCAGGAGCCCCUCAGCGUGAUCGCGUCGCUGGGCAACCUCUGGGUCCACUACCGCGGCCUGCAGCGCGUGCGCAAAACCGUCCGCCCCGACAACAAUCUCCGUCCAUGGCUCGAGACCUUGGCGUAUAUCCAGAUCAACACGUGGUUGUGGUCCACAGUGUUCCACGCGAGGGAUACUCCAAUCACUGAGCGUCUCGACUACUUCUCGGCCAUGAUCACCAUUGCCGCUACCCUGCUUUAUGCCAUUGUGCGCAUCUUUGGCAUUGUCACCCCCAAGACCAUCUCCCCAUUGGUGUACCCGAUCUCUGGCGCCGUCGCCGUCUUUGUCCUCUGGCACUUCAUCUACGUCCUCAGCUUCUCCCACUUUCCCUAUGGCUACCAUGUCGGCGUCGCCAUUGUGCUCGGCAUGAUCCACAACGUGCUGUGGCUCAUCUGGACCCUGUCGUUAUAUGUCGCGCUACCAACCAUUUCCAUCAACGAGACUCUGAUCGCCUGGCCAGAGCCAUACCCGCCGCGCAACGCCCUGGCCAGUCGUCGACCCGCCCACGCCAACAUUCCGGCCAUUCUCGUUGGCCUCACAAUGGCGGCAAUGGCCUUUGAGGUUCUCGACUUUGCGCCAUUCUACCGCGUGCUUGACGCCCAUGCCCUCUGGCACUUUGCAACCAUUCCAUUGGGAGAGUGGUGGUGGAAGUACAUGUGCGCAGACGCAAACGAGCUGGACGGAGGCCUCCUUGGGCCAUUGUCCUCCCGCGUUCACGGAGACAAGAGCUCAGACUAG